AUGGAUAAUUCAUGUGAAUCUAAUGUUCCAUCAGUAAUACAUCUAUGCACGGGAAAUGAACUAGCUUUAAACCACCUAUCAUCGUCUUACGAAAAUUCAGAUAAACAGAAAUUCAUUGUAGACUGUCAUGUAAACGAUGAUACUUCAAAAAUGAAGUCUGAGACAUCCGAUUUACCAACUAGAUCAGGAAAAUUAAAUGUUGAUAACGAUGAUUAUAGGGAAGAGUGGAAUAACCAGUGUGAUUUUUUUCUAUCAGUACUUGGUUAUGCAGUUGACUUAGCAAAUGUUUGGCGAUUUCCAUAUGUAUGCUUUACUAAUGGUGGCGGUGCUUUCCUAAUUCCCUACUUUAUUGUGAUGGUUUGCAGUGCAACACCAAUGUUCUACUUAGAAUUGAUUUUAGGCCAAAAACAUCGUCGUGGAGCUAUUUCUCUUUGGGAUAUAUGUCCUAUGUUUCGAGGUGUUGGUAUUGCUCAAGUAAUCAUAUCCUAUAUAGUUGCAUUCUAUUAUAAUACAAUAUCUGCAUGGUCACUAUACUUUUUAUUUGUAUCCAUUACGGAUAUUCUACCAUGGACCUAUUGUGAUCAACGAAGGGGUAAUAGUAUUAAUUGCGUGAAUUUUACGUAUUUACAAAACUUAUCUAAUACUAUUUCUAAUGACGAAAAUGAUUUAUUACAACAGAAAAAUUAUAGCCUUGCUUCAAUUGAAUAUUUUGAACGUGUUGUUUUGAAAUUACAGCAAAGUACUGGUUUAGGAGAUCUUGGACCAAUUAGAUGGCAAUUAGUAGGAUGUACUAUAUUCAUAUUUAGUAUACUAUUUGCAUCAAUGAGGAAUGGAGUGAAAACAUCGGGCAAGGUUUGGGCGAAUGCAGCUAUUCAAAUAUUUUUUUCAACUGGAGCAGGAUUCGGUGCACAUAUCGCUUAUGCAACGUACAAUCCUAGACGGUACAAUUGUUACAGAGAUUGUUUGAUCACUUCACUUGUGAAUGCUUUUACAAGUUUAUUUGCUGGUGUUACUGUAUUCGCUUAUCUUGGUUAUUUGGCUCAUCUUACUCAUACUACAGUACAAACUGUAACAGGAGAAGGUAAGAAUGAUAUUCAGUAA